AUGCUGUUAGGGCUAGUUGAGUUUGUCUUGCUCAUCAUCGGCCUGAUCGAGUCGUCUUUUCCGUCAGAAUUAGAUGCUUAUUCUGCAUGGCAAUCACCUCGACCGUCCGAUCCUACUUCGCAUUGGCCGACUGAUUAUACGGCAGACGUUCAGCCGGUUCAGUGUCAUAGCCACAAUGACUAUUGGCGACCGAUUCCACUCAGAAACGCCGUAGAAGCUGGUUGUACUGGCGUCGAGGCCGACGUAUGGCUGCUUCCAGAUCGAGCCACAGAUGAUCUCCUUGUCGGUCAUUCAAGAGCGUCUCUGAUACAGCAGCGGACGUUCAGAAGCUUGUACAUCGAACCUCUUGUCGAGAUUCUGGACAAACAAAACCCAAAUACUACUUACCAUUCUACGCUCGAUUUGCCCAGGAAUGGCGUCUUUGACACGAACCCUGAACAAGAUCUCGUACUCUUGGUGGAUUUCAAGACGGACGGAAACAUGUUAUGGCCGAUGGUCAGGGAACAACUAGAACCUUUGAGGAGGAGACAAUACCUUACACAUUUUAAUGGUACAGAUCUGGUUAGUGGUCCUAUCACUGUGGUUGUCACGGGUAAUGCUCCCUUCGACGAAGUGGUCAAGAAUUCUCACUACCGGGAUAUGUUCUUCGAUGCACCACUCGAUCUACUUGCCAGCCUCGCACCAAAUUCGGAUGAUAUCAAUCGAGAUUCAGGUACGGCACUUCCAAGCUGGACACAUUUCGACGACGCGGAAGAGCGCAAUUACUUAGCCUCUCUUCCAACAGAAGACGUGAGCAGUAAAAAGCCAAGCAACCAAGGUCAGGGUCGUUCUGGCGCAACGCCAAAAAAUCCUGCUAUCUAUACUCCAGCGAACAGCUACUACGCUUCAGUAGCAUUCACGAAGGCAAUCGGUUUUCCACACCCAUUCUUGAGUUGGAAGCAGAAGCAGAAGAUUCGACAACAAAUCCAGGGAGCACACAAGCAAGGCCUAAAGGUUCGAUAUUGGGAUACACCUUCUUGGCCUAGAGGUCUAAAAGAAUAUGUUUGGACAGUCUUGGUCGAAGAAGGAGUGGAUUACCUGAAUGUCGACGAUCUGCAAGAAGCAACUCGAGGUGAUUGGGGACGUCCCAGACACCGGAAGUGGGGCUUAUUAGACUGGGGGAUGUGGUCGAGGUAG